AUGGGCACUACCAUCCCGCAAUUGAAGGUGCUCUUCGUCGCUCACAUCCCCAAUCUCUUCGAUCUCAGAUCGAAUUUCUGCGAUUUUUCUUCCUUUUCAGAGCAAUUUACAGAUUCUAGAUCCGAUUCUCUCUGGACGCAGGAGCAAUUCGACGUUUCCUCGAGCUGGAAAGAUGUUCUGGCGAAUGGCGGGAUUGUCGACGGCGUCUGCCGUGAGUUUUUUCUUCUCCCUGACCUAUUUAAUACGUUCGUGUGUAUUAUAUGUGAGGAGAAAGGCACUCCAUUGAGACGAGUUUUCGCUGUUUGUUUCUAUCCUGGACGCGUUUCAUGUCGAUGGAUUUACCGCCUUAGGACGAAUGUGUUGGAGGUGAAGAGAUUGAGAUUUCCGGUUGAGGCAAUUUUGGAUAAAGAUAGUUUCACAUUAGAGGAACUUCUUGACGAGGACGAAAUUAUUCAAGAAUGCAAAGCCCUGAAUGGACGACUCUUGAAUUUUUUGAGAGAAAGAGUGCAAGUAGAACAACUGAUUAAGUACAUAAUAGAGGAGCCUCUCGAGGAUGUGGAAAAUAAGCGAACAUUCAAGUUUCCGUUCAUUGCCUGUGAAAUUUUCACAUGUGAGAUUGAAAUGAUACUGAAAACACUAGUCGAGGAUGAGGAGCUUAUGUUAUUGCUUUUUUCGUUUUUGGAAGCUAAAGAAACCCAUAACUCAUUGCUUGCCGGGUACUUCAGCAAGGUUGUCAUUUGUCUGCUGGUGCGGAAGACGAUCCCUUUCAUGCAAUUCAUAAAAGAUCAUCAAGAAAUACUGAAGCAGCUUGUUGAUUUGAUUGGUAUUACAUCUAUAAUGGAGGUUUUAAAACGUCUGGUCGGUACUGAUGAACACCUUUAUUCAAACUACACAAGUGCAAUGCAGUGGGUUGAAGAUACAAAUGUUUUAGAGAUGAUUGUAGACAAGUUUGGCUGCUCGGAUUCUCCCGAGGUACAUGCCAAUGCAGCUGAAAUUCUUUGUACUGUAGCAAGAUACGCACCCCCUGGUCUUGCAACAAAACUUUCUAGCCCCAGCUGCACUGGAAGGUUGUUAAAACAUACUUUAGAAAAUUCACGGCCUAAGUCUGUUCUGGUUAAUUCAUUGUCUGUAUGCAUAUCCCUGCUGGAUCCUAAGAGGUUUACACUGGGGACUUAUCAUAUAUAUGGUCGUCAACUAACCCAUGGAAGCAUGUUGAGCGUUGACUUCUUGAAUGCUAUUUUCCCUAUUGUGAGAGAUGUGGUUGGGUUGGGAAGAAAGAAUAAUGAGUUUGUUUUUGUGGGAUUCAAAACCUGCAACCAGAUUUCUAUGCAUAUCGUAGAAUUUAUAUCAGUCUUACUCACAGUCGGUAGUGAAGCAGCGGAGAAGGAAGUGAUUCGACUUGGUGCGGUGAAAAGAGUGUUGGACUUGUUCUUCGAGUAUCCCUACAACAAUUUUUUGCAUCACCAUGUUGAGAAUGUAAUUCUUUCAUGUUUGGAGAGCAAGAACUCUCAACUUCUUGACCAUCUUCUUAGUGAGUGCAAUCUUAUUGGGAGUAUACUAGAGGUGGAAAAAGAUUCCAUAUUAACAGCUGCUGAUUCUGAUAAGCUUCAGCCUACAGUUCCUGCAGAGGGUAGAAAGCCACUCAGGAUUGGAAACAUUGGUCAUUUGACUCGUAUUUCGAACAAACUUCUUCAGCUAGCUAAUACCAAUGUCGAAAUUCAGUCACAUUUGCAGGAAAAUAGCAAAUGGGUGGAUUGGCAGACAGAUGUCCUGUCGAAGCGCAAUACAUUGGAAAAUGUUUACUCUUGGGCCUGCGGGAGGCCAACUUCACUCCAUGAUCGUAAUAGAGAUAGCGAUGAUGAUGAUUACCACGAUAGAGAUUAUGAUGUGGCAGCCCUAGCAAACAACUUGAGCCAGGCCUUUAGAUAUGGAAUUUACAGCAAUGAUGACAUGGAUGAGCCGUUUACUCCAGUAAGUCUUGCAAGAUCAUGGGUUUCGAUUGUUGAAACAAAGGAGGAAAUCGAUUUGUUCCUGAAAUAUGAUAACAUAGUGAAAUCUGAUGCAAAUAGUGUUGAUGUCUUGGACCACUGGGCCCAAGGCUCUAUGGAACGCGAUGAUGAGGAUGUCUACUUUGAUGACGAAUCUGCAGAAGUCGUCAUAUCUUCCUUGCGCCUUGGAGAUGAUCAGGAGAGCGAUUCACUGUUCACAAAUUCAAACUGGUUCGCUUUCGAUGAAGAAAAGGCUGCGAAUGAGCGCUCAAUGAGCUCAAUCACUUCUCCUUCACCCAAUGCUGAUGGAGAUGGUGAUGAUGAUGAUGAGGAUGAUGAUGAUGAUGUCGUCAGAGGUGAAGCUGAAGACUUCAAAGACACUGCGGCCUCUUCCCCAUCUGUUGAUAUGGAAACAGAGGAUUCUACAUCAAAGAAUCCUGCUGAAAACCCGAGUGAACCAGAACCUGAAAAAUCACCUGCUUGGGUUGAAUGGAGAGAGACCUCUGAGUCCACCACUGCGCCUUCUUCCAACCCAGAUGAAGCUACCACCAUAUUGCCCAAUGGUGAGGUUCAAAUCGAGAAAGAGGAUGAUACGGAUAAAACAAGUGCUGAGAAUUCACCAGCAGGAGGUGCAUGUGGUGGUGAUGAAGCGAAAGAGAAGUCGCCAGAUGCAAGUGGCGUUGCAACCACCGAGAACUUGAGAGAUUCCGAUCCCGAUGCAUCAAAACCAAAUGAGGAUGAUCAAAGCUCUGAAACUGCAAUCCCCCAGGAAGCAGCAGGAACAGAUGCCAAAGAAACGGAAGAUGCUGUGAAGGAACCAGAGAAGAGCAUUGCUCAAGAGUUUAAAAUGGAACUUUCGAUAAAUGUCGAAGUUCUCUUGCACACGAUUGUAUACUUAUCAGAAAUUUAA